UCUGCCAUAUCCUAUCAUAACCCGUGUGUAUAGUAACACGUGCUGAGCGUCGCAAAUUUUAUUUAAGACAAAAGAGCUAUCUAGGAUCGAUAUUAAAUACAUUACUAAUUAUAUUAAUUAAGUGUUAUAGGAAUCAAAAUAAUGGCAAAAUCAUUACGUAGUAAAUGGAGGAGAAAAUGCAGAGCCGUUAAGAGGGAACGUUAUGGUGCAAAAGAACUUGAUAGAUUAAAAAAGACACUUGCUAUUGAUGAAAAUGGCGAUGUUGAAAUGCCGGAUAUAUCUGAGAUUGCUACAGUGGUUGAUGCUAAGGAUAUAAAAGAAAGUUCUAAAGCAAAGGAAAAUCAUAAAGCCGAUAAUACAGAGAAAAUGGAAGUGGAUAGUGGUAGGGUAUAUGAUAAGAAAACAUUAAAGGACCAAUAUGGAAAUUAUCCCGUCUGGAUGAAUAGGCGAAAGAUAAUGAAACAUAAGAAGGGAAGAGCAAAAGCUGAUAAAGGUACCACAAAAACGAACAAAAGAUUGACUAGGCGACAAAAAAAAGCGUUGAAACAGAAAAAGUAAAGCUAUAGAUUGAUAAUUAUUAAAUGUUUAGUGAGUCUCUUCAAGAUGAUCUCAUAGUCCUGAUCGAGGUCAGCAUCCCCCACUUCGUUUUCUGCAUCUGCAAAAAAUUAGAAUCAUAUGUCGGACGACACGUCAC